CUCCCCCUCUCUCUCUGUUUGCCUCUGUCCUUUUUCUUUUUUUUCUUACUUGCUAUCUUUCUUUUGCUUCAGUCAAAUUUUUUCUGCCCGCAAGCACGCAUACACGCAUUCUCCUCUGAUCUAUCGGUGCACACGCGAAACAGCCGUUGUACUUUUUUUUGUUCUGUCACGGUGAAAAAAGUUAAGCUAGAAGAGGACGGCAAAAUGAGCUGGCAGGAUUACGUCGACAAGCAGCUGCUUGCCUCGAGAUGUGUAUCGAAAGCGGCGAUUGCCGGACAUGACGGCAAUAUUUGGGCAAAGUCAGAGGGCUUCGAAGUAAGCAAAGAUGAGCUGACAAAGCUAGUCCAAGGUUUCGAGGAGCAAGAACUACUGACGUCGUCGGGGGUGACUCUGGCAGGUAAUAGGUAUAUUUACCUGUCGGGCACAGAUCGAGUGAUAAGGGCAAAGUUAGGCAAAGUUGGUGUACAUUGCAUGAAGACGGCGCAGGCGGUCGUCGUUUCCCUCUACGAGGAUCCAAUCCAGCCACAGCAGGCUGCUUCCGUUGUUGAAAAGUUAGGCGAUUAUCUCUUGUCCUGCGGCUAUUAGUGACCUUCGGGGCCUAAUACAAAUAUCUAUAAUUAUUAAAUAAACAAAAAAUCUAAAUAAACGACACGAUAGACGAUGAUUUUAUAAAUGAAGAAUGGUGUUGAAGAUAUGGUAUAGAAUAUUAAACGAACAGCGAAGGGAAGAACGUACGUCGUCGCUACGCACAGCAGUGGUUUAGGCCUGCUGUUUAUGAUUGAUAUAACAUAAUCGGACAUACGCACACAUGCUUGCGCACGCGCACACAUACAUUUACAGAUUUAUGUGAGGAGUUCCAAUUGGCUCACAUUUUAGUGUGGAUCAAUUUUAGAUGACUCGUCACCAACGCCGAAUUGCAUCCUGAAAGAAGCGCAUACUCGAGUAGACGGAGUCAGAGGGAGAAACGUGAUAUCAUGCUUAAUUUUUUCCCUUCUCCCUUCGCGCUCCCAAGAUUUUCAGAAAAUCGUUGGGAAUCGAAAGUGGAAACGAUCACCUUAUUGGGAGUCUUCCAUGGGACUUAUCACUUAACACAACAUAAUACAACAUACACACAUACACAUACAUGCGUGCGCACACACUACACUCAAAAGUCUCCCCUAUAGAUCAACGCCAAUUUUACUUACAUUUCAAAGGGAAGUGAAGAGUUUUACGUAUAAUUAGAGUGAAAUACAACUCUGAAGAAAA